CAUGUUACAGGACAGUUUGAGUGUUCCCUAUUUAUGGUGAAACCCAAACGUUAUCUUCCCACCACCUGUUUUUUUUUUUUUUUUCUGCUUUUCUUUUUUUAACAAAAAAUCCAAUAGACACCAAACCAGAACAACAGCAGCAGACUCAAAAGAGAGACUAUUACUUGAAAAGUUUAAAUAAAAAGCUCAUCUGGGUUCUGUUGCAUGUUGAUAUUCAACCUUAAUUUGCUUCCUGACAUGAACUGAAAAUUCCAUCAGUUAUUUGGAUUGCAAUUGUAAAGAUUUCAGUCCAGCAAUCAAAGGUAGUUUUCUCUAUUUACUUCGACAAAAUCUGAUAACUGGAGAAAGGGAGAGCAAUGGACCAAACCAACUCGAGUUUCACUGCCUCAACAUCAUCAGCUAAUGAUCAAUCCAUUAACCAAGAACUGACAUCGAUUGAGGUCUUUGCUCCAGCAGCAAGCAGUAUUGCUGGACAGCCUCGUCCUACUAAUACUAGUCAGAUUGCCGGUGCGAAAGAGGGAGGCUCUUUGCAAACUUUUAGUUCUAGCAGUAGCCGAGCGCCUCCGAACAAGUGGAUGGCAUUUGGAAAAGAGGGUUCCAGUGUCACCUCCAGCGAUGCGAAUAGAGCAACAGAUAAUAACAGCUUCACAAACUUUAAUGGAAAAUCCAUUUCCCAGCAAGUAUUAACUGAAGCAAGCAUAGCAGAAAGAACAGCUGAAUGGGGACUUGUAGUGAAGUCAGAUGUGGGAGAAGGCAGUUUCAAAGCAAUAAACAUGUCAACUGGAGAUGGAGAUAGAAGCAAAAAGAACUCACUAGAGAGAUUUGCAGUUGACUCAACAAGGACCUCAGAGGAAUCAGAAGCAGGAGCUUUUCCCAGAGUAUCACAAGAAUUGAAGGAUGCUCUCUCAAGUCUACAACAAACUUUUGUUGUUUCUGAUGCCACCAAACCAGACUGCCCUAUAAUGUAUGCCAGCAGUGGUUUCUUCACUAUGACUGGCUAUUCUUCCAAGGAAGUUAUUGGAAGGAACUGCCGGUUUCUCCAAGGUCCAGAAACAGACGAGAAAGAAGUAGAAAAGAUACGUGAUGCAGUGAAGAGUGGGCAAAGCUACUGUGGCAGGCUCCUUAACUACAAGAAGGACGGCACACCUUUCUGGAAUCUUCUCACUGUAACCCCCAUCAAAGAUGACCGUGGCAAUACUAUCAAAUUUAUUGGAAUGCAGGUUGAAGUCAGCAAAUAUACUGAAGGUAUUAAUGAGAAGGCAUUACGCCCUAAUGGAUUGCCCAAGUCUUUAAUCCGCUAUGAUGCUCGUCAGAAGGACAAGGCUUUAGAUUCAAUUACGGAGGUUGUUCAAACUGUAAAAGAUCCAAAGUCUCACAUUCGAACUAUGAAUCAUGACAUAUCCAACAACCUUGAUUAUGUUCUGCCUAAUUCAGUCGACUUCGACAACAUCAGUACUAGUACACCUGGUAAACAAACUCCUCAGCUGGACUCUAAAGAUGCUGUCUCUCAGGAGGCUUCCAAGAAAACUAGAAAAUCGAGCAGAAUUUCUUUCAGGGGGUUACAAGCAAGAUCUCCAAGUUCUACAGGAAUUAGGGAAGCACCACCACCAAGUGUUGAUCCAGAGCUCUUAAUGACCAAAGAAAUAAAACACUCGGAUAGUUGGGACCCUACUGGAAGAGACAGGGACAUACGCCAAGGAAUUGACUUGGCAACCACAUUGGAACGUAUUGAAAAGAAUUUUGUGAUCACGGAUCCUAGACUUCCUGAUAACCCCAUUAUAUUUGCAUCUGAUAGCUUUCUUGAACUAACAGAGUAUACGCGUGAAGAAAUCUUGGGAAGAAACUGUCGGUUUCUUCAAGGACCUGAAACAGAUCUAGCAACUGUCUCAAAGAUAAGAGAUGCUAUUAGAGAACAGAGGGAAAUUACUGUUCAGUUGAUCAACUAUACCAAAAGUGGAAAGAAAUUCUGGAACUUAUUCCACCUGCAACCCAUGCGUGAUCAAAAGGGUGAGCUUCAAUACUUCAUUGGUGUUCAACUAGAUGGAAGCGAUCAUGUGGAACCCCUAAGAAACCGCCUCUCUGAGCAAACAGAGCUACAAAGCGCUAAGCUGGUCAAAGCUACAGCAGAAAAUGUCGAUGAAGCUGUUCGAGAACUCCCUGAUGCCAACUUGAGACCUGAAGAUUUAUGGGCAAUUCACUCCCAGCCUGUCUUUCCACGGCCUCACAAAAGGGAAAAUCCUUCUUGGAUAGCAAUAAAAGAGAUCAUUUCGAGUGGUGAGAAAAUAGGGUUACAACAUUUCAAACCCAUAAAGCCCUUGGGAUGCGGGGAUACUGGCAGUGUUCAUUUGGUAGAACUGAAAGGUACAGGCCAACUGUAUGCUAUGAAGGCAAUGGAAAAAUCUAUGAUGCUAAACCGUAACAAGGUUCACCGAGCGUGCAUUGAAAGAGAAAUUAUUUCACUCCUAGAUCAUCCUUUUCUUCCCACACUCUACACCUCCUUCCAGACUUCUACGCACGUUUGUCUGAUAACAGACUUUUGUCCUGGUGGAGAGCUAUUUGCACUGCUUGACAGACAGCCUAUGAAAUUAUUUAAGGAGGAAUCUGCAAGGUUCUAUGCAGCAGAGGUUGUCAUUGGCCUGGAAUAUCUCCACUGUUUGGGAAUCAUAUAUCGGGACCUGAAGCCUGAAAAUAUUUUGCUCCAGAAGGAUGGGCAUGUUGUUCUAACUGACUUUGAUUUAUCAUUUAUGGCAUCCUGUAAACCACAAAUACUAAAGCCUCCGCCGCCUACUAAUAGAAGAAGGUCUAGGAGUCAACCGCCGCCAAUGUUUGUCGCAGAACCAGUAUCACAAUCAAAUUCUUUUGUUGGAACUGAAGAAUAUAUUGCUCCUGAAAUAAUCACAGGUUCAGGCCACAGUAGUGCCAUUGACUGGUGGGCUCUAGGUAUCUUGUUGUACGAGAUGUUGUAUGGCCGUACACCUUUCAGGGGAAAGAAUAGACAGAAGACAUUUGCCAACAUCUUGCACAAAGAUCUCACUUUUCCAAGUAGCAUUCCAGUUAGUCUUGCUGCCAGGCAACUGAUCAAUGCACUUUUAAGCAAAGACCCCGAAAUCCGGUUAGGAUCAAGAACCGGUGCCAAUGAAAUCAAACAACAUCCUUUCUUUCGUGGAAUUAACUGGCCACUCAUACGCUGCAUGAGCCCACCGUCUCUGGAUGUGCCUAUCCAGUUAAUUCUAAAAGAUCCUGAGGCCAAAGAUGUCAAAUGGGAAGAUGACGGAGUUCUUACACCCUCCAUGGAUUUGGAGAUUUUCUAAAGAAACCACAUGGAGUGGUGAUUGAAGUUGGCUUCAAGAAUCUUGUUUACAGGAAUUUUCCUCUUAUUUGUACAUCAUAAUGUUUCAAUUUAUAAAUGAGAGAUUAUGUAAUGUAGUCUGAAAGACAUCGAGUGGUCCCUGUAUGUUCCUUUCGGAUUGUGGAUUUGCUUCAGCUAAUGAAGCAAUAGGCUGCAGAUAAUGAAGACUACAUGAAGCUAGUAAGUUCUUGGCGAUUGGAGUGGAUUCCUAAAGUAUUAACCAUAUUACAAGGACUUGGGUGGGUGUCUCUGCCAUCAGCAGGGGACUGUAAUUGAGGGGUCGUAGAUAUCUAACUUCUGUCUCUGAUAGAGGGAAACUGUUCUAAAUAAGCAAACUUAAAUGCUACCUAGCUGUAAAAACUAUUGUCUUCUUCUUACAUUUGCUAAUAUUCACCAGCAUGAUCAACCUCA